AACCACCCGAACUCGGAACAGAAAACAAGCAGCUAAUUCUGAGCUGGCUUCUGGCGAUUAGCUAAAAGCCAUGGCGUUUGUUGUUAAAGCAGUAUUUUUCGCCGCGCUGGCAUACAGCGCAAGUGCUGGUUAUUUGUCCGGUCACGGCUCUGACUCCUAUGUGUCAUCAGCUUUGAAUGCUCCAUCAGCAUCGUAUGGACCACCUUCAGCAUCAUAUGGACCACCAGCUGUAUCUGGUCCUUCAGGCGCAGACCUUGGUGGACACGGAAGCAUUGGUGGAGGAUUAGAAGAGCACGAUCACUCCGUUAUCGAACAUGGCCCAUCUUUCAACGACCAUGGCCCGUCUUUCAAUGACCAUGGCCCGUCUUAUAACGACCAUGGCGCUUCUUUCAACGACCACGGCCCUAUCGAUGGAGGAGUUGUCGGCGGUCCCUUGAAUGGUGGAUUUGUUCCAUCUAACUUUGGACCUGCAGUCGAUGGUGGAGCUAUUUCUGGACCUGGUUUAGGUGGAUCUGGUUUUGCUGGUUCAGGGCUCGACGGCUCAGCUGUUGGAUCUGGUUUCGGUGGUCCAGCUCUUGGCGGUCCAGUCGUCGGAGGUGAAGUUGUUGGAGGACCUGUUGGUGGUCCAGCUAUAGGAGGCCCAGUGGUCGGAGGUCCUGUUGGAGGAGCUAUUGAUAUUUCCGGUCCUGCUGUCGGUGGCGGUGCUAUUGUUGGUCAAGGAUUAUCUGGGCCAGGUGUCGUAACUAACGUCGCUGUUGGUGCACCAAGAGUGAUUGGAACCAGUGUGACUGUUGGUCGCCCUGUCGCUGCUGCAACAAGGUACGAGCUCCAGUCUGUUGUCCAGAACAUCGUCCGCCGUAUUCCCGUUGAAGUUACUCGUCACGUCCAAGUUGCCGUCCCUCAAGCCGUACCCGUUCCAGUGCGUCAGGAAGUUAAAGUGCCAGUCCCACAACCCUACCCCGUCCACGUUGAUGUCGUCAAGCACGUGCCUUACCCGGUUUACAAAACACACCACGUUGAAGUUGAAAGACCUGUACCAGUUGAGGUUGUCAGGAAAGUGCCUUUUGAGGUCAUCAGAAAAGUCCCCGUCCCGGUAGAGAGGCCUUUUGAGGUGAUCAAGAAGGUUCACGUGCCCGUAGAAAAGCACGUAGAAGUACCAGUUCCCGUCUGGAAGCCAUACCCAUUACACAUCAUCAAACACGUCACUCACUACAAGAAGAAGAGCUGCUGUUGGUGAAAAGUGAAAAUGAGUCGUUAUCGUGCCAAAUAGUCAAUAGCCUGUAAAUAUAGUCACUAGUUGUACAUAUCUUAUACAUAAAAAUAAAAAGAAACAUUUUUACAAA